UUUUAUUUAUUUAUAACCACACCUACAACAAGAGAAAGAAAACAAUUAUCACACCAGAGAGAAAGAGCAAGAAAAGAAAAAGAAAAAGAAGGAGAAAUUGGAGCAAUGACAACCCAGAAACAGAUAUUGGAUCAGCAACAAUCACAGAUGCAGAGAUUGAAGAAUCCAGGUGUUAUUAGUACCAAUGAAAUUCCAGUAAAGGAUGACAAGGAGGAGGAUGAGGAGAUGUCAACAUCAGCAUUGGGUAUGUUUCGAGCCAAGGAAGAGGAGAUUGAGAGGAAGAAAAUGGAGAUGAAAGACAAGGUUCAGGCUCAGUUGGGACGUGUUGAAGAAGCAACCAAACGCUUAGCUGAGAUACGAGAAGAGCUUGAAGCUCUCACAGAUCCACUGAGGAAAGAAGUUUCAAUGGUGCGAAAAAGGAUCGAUACAGUUAACAGGGAGUUGAAGCCUCUGGGGCAGACCUGCCAGAAGAAGGAGAGGGAAUACAAAGAAGCCGUUGAAGCUUUUAAUGAGAAAAACAAGGAAAAAGCUCAACUGGUUUCCAAAUUAAUGGAGCUGGUGGGUGAAAGUGAGAGACUGAGGCUGAAGAAGCUGGAUGAAUUGAGCAAGAACAUUGAAACUUUUCGCUAAUUGAAACAUUCUAACUAUAGCAGAAACCAGUCAUGUUAUAUAAGCUUGAUGUAAUUAGAAUCAUGCCUUUGAAUUUGGUGUAUACAUUGUGACUUUUCUAUCUGCAUGAUUUUUUUUUCA